AUGGCGGACACUGCCUCGAAGCAUCGAGCUGAGUUUGCCUUUGCUCAGCUUGAGAACGAGAGAUCUCUGACAUCUCUUCGUGACGAGCUAAGGGUAGCUCGUGGGAUUGUUGAUCGGUCUCGGGAUGAGAUAACUGCUCUUCAGACCCUUGUUGAUGCCCACCAUCGGGAACACAAGGCUCUCUGCGAGAUGCUUGAGCGCAAGGGCGUUCUUCAUCGGAAGAAGCAGCGUACUGAUGGUACGGCUUAA